CAUAAAAUGGCGUGGUUUUCGUUCCCGAGCUGGCAUCUCGGCGGGACCAACAACAGAAUCUAGCGAUGACACAGAGUCCUUGGGCCGUGGCGGCGUGGGUCGGCGCCGCCCUGGUCGUUGCGACGCUGGUCGCAUGGGUGCAAGACGCUUCAGAUGAGGUUGCUGCGCAGAAGAAGCGCACCAAGCAGCAGCGCCGGCAAGAGCGCAUCGACCAUCGCCGCGCCGCCAUUGACGCCCGCCGAAAAGACAAGAAACGCCAGCACCAGGCUGAACGCCAAAUUGCCUACGAAGCCCGCGACGAUUCCAUCACCCAAGAAGAGAAGCAGAUGCGCUACGACGCCAAGAUUGCGCAAAAGCAGCUCGCCAAGACCCAGCUCGAGGACAAGCUCAACUACGCCAUGGCGACGGGCCUCCGCGUCGUCGUCGACCUGAACUUUCUCCAUGAGCAAACACCCCGCGAACGUCACAGCGUCAUCAAGCAAGUCGCCUGCGUGUACGGUGCCAUGAAGAAGAGCGAGCUCCCAUCUCUUCUCUCGCUUCACCUCGCAUCGUACGAAGGCGACAUUGCAGCGCUUUGUGAAAAGCGCGGCGCCAACGCAUGGAAGGUGACGCGCCAUGCCGCCCCGAUCGAAGAGCUCUUUCCCGGCCACAUGAUCGUCCUCUUGUCACCCGACUCGCCCAAUGUUCUAACAGAGCUGGACCCGACAGCUGUCUACGUUGUCGGUGGCAUCGUGGAUCGCACCGUGCGCAAGAGCGAGACUUUGACCAAAGCCGCUCGUGUGCAGCACAUUACGACGGCGCGCCUGCCCGUGCAAGAGACGUGCAACGUUCGCUCGCAUGUGCUCAACAUCGACACAGUGCUCUUGACGCUCAUGGAAGUCGCCAACCACGGCGAUUGGCAAAGAGCCUUUGAAGCGACGCUGCCCAAGCGAUUCUUCCGCGAAGACGAGUAGACAAGUAGACGCGUUGGGCACGCGAUGCCCCUGCUAUUGAAACGGAAACGGACGUUGUAGACAUGCGCAAUGCACCUGCGCUCGUUCAAUAAGAUGCAUCUUAUUGCCCCUUGCUAUCG